AAUGUCUAUAGCUGAAUAAAAGUUUAUGGUUGAUGCCUAAGGUAGGAAUCUGGUUGAAAUGAGACCUCCUGGUAUUUAAAACAAUCAACCCAAUGAUAUCUAGAUUACUGCAGAAUAAUUAUUGAAAGUAUAAUUCAUACUUAUUUUUAUUUUAGGAUGCUGAAAUCCAUCAAACUAAAGAAAUUAGACCUCCACAAUAAAGAAUUAUGGAUGAAGCUGAAUUAUAAGAAUAUAAAUUUAGAAAAAGAAUCUUAUUUGAAAAUAGAGUUAGAAGAUAAAGAAAUUAUUUGGGAAUUUGGAUUAGAUAUGCUUAAUUUGAAGAAGGAUUGUUAGAAUUUAGAAGAGCUAGAUCUAUUUUUGAGAGAGCAUUAGAGGUUGAUCCUUCCAAUAUAGGAGUUUGGAUGAAAUAUAUUGAAAUGGAGAUGAGACAUAAAUUUAUUAAUCAUGCUAGAAAUGUAUUUGAAAGAGCUAUUUAUCAAAUGCCAAGAAUUGAUUAAUUUUGGUUUAAGUAUACUUAUAUGGAAGAAGUAUUGGGUAAUUAUUAAGCAGCAAGAGAAAUAUUUAAUAGAUGGAUGACAUGGAAACCAGAAGAAAAAGCAUGGAUGGCUUUCUUAAAAUUUGAAGAAAGAAUGGGAGAUAGAUAGAAUCAAAGAUAAAUUAUGUAUAAAUAUAUGGAAGCAUUUCCUAAAUUAAAAGUUUAUUUAAAGGUAGCAAAAUUUGAAAUCAAAUAAAAAGUUUGGGAAUCAGCCAGAAAUAUUUAUGAGAGAACUUUAGAAGAAUUAGGAUAAGAAGCAUUAAAAGAAGAAUAUUUUAUAGAUUUUGGAAGAUUUGAAAUAAGAAAUAAGGAAUAUGAAAGAGCAAGAGAAAUAUUUAGAUUUGGAUUGAAAAACAUACCAAAGGAUAAAGCAUAUUAAUUAUAUUAAGAAUACUUAGCAUUUGAGAAAUAAUAUGGAGAAAAAGAUGAAAUUGAUUAAAUCAUUCUUAAUAAGAGAAGAAUAUUUUAUAAAGAAUUGAUUUCUUAAAAUGCUUACAAUUAUGAUGCUUGGUUUGAUUUAGCUAAUUUAGAAAUGAGUACUAAAGAUGUUAGUAGAAUAAGAGAAUCUUUUGAAGCUGCUAUCAAGAAUGUUCCUCCAGGUAAUGAAAAAAGAUUUUGGAGAAGAUACAUAUAUUUAUGGUAUAAUUAUGCUGUUUUUGAGGAAUUAGAAGCAAAAAAUAUUUAAAAAGCUAUUGAAAUUUUUGAAAGAGCUAUUUAAUUAGUUCCACAUCAAUAAUUUACAUUCUCAAAAUUAUGGAUUUUAUAUGCUUAAUUAUUAGUAAGAAGUAAAGAUCUUGAUAAAAUGAGAAAGGUUUAUGGUUUGGCUAUUGGUAUAUGUCCAAAUAUCAAAAUAUUUCAGGAAUAUAUUCAAAUUGAAUUAUAAUUAGCAAAUAUUGAUAGAGCCAGAAUAUUAUAUUAGAGGUUUAUUGAAAUAUUCCCAGAUAAUCCAAUUCCUUGGAUUAAAUUUGCUGAAUUUGAAAAUGAUUUAGAAGAAUAUGAAAGAUCAGAAAUGAUUUUCGAAUUAGCAUUAUAGAAUAAUUAAAUGAAUAUGCCAGAAACUAUAUGGAGAGCAUAUAUUGAUAAUUAAAUAAAGUUAUAAAAUUAUGAAAAAGUGAGAGAAUUAUAUGAAAAAUUGCUUGAAAGAUCUAAACAUGUCAAAAUUUGGAUAAGUUAUGCUUAAUUUGAAUUAUCAAUUAAGAAUAUUACUGGAUUUAGAGCUGUAAUGUAGAGAGGAGAGAAAUGCUAUAUAGGAAAGCCAGAACUCAAAGAAGAAAGAGCCAUAUUGUUAGAAUAAUGGAAAGAUAUGGAAAUUGAAAUUGGAGAUGAAUAAGAAAUAAAGAAAAUCAAUGAUAAACAACCUACAAAAAUGAUAAAAAAGAGAAAAAUAAAAUUAUUGGGAGAUGAAAGUGAAGAUUUUGGUAAAUUUCUAUAUUUUAUUCUAAGGUUACGAGGAAUAUUAUGAUUAUAUUUUUCCAGAAGAGAAUCCUCAAUAAAAAAAUUUGGGAAUGCUCUUAAAUAAUGCUAAGUUAUGGAAAUAAUAAUAAGAAUAAAGAAAUGGUUGA